AUGCUUGACCACAGUGAUGGCGAGGAGCAUCUAUCAGCCGGCUCGACUGAGAGUCAGGCGACACCGAGGGGUCUCUCUAGCACUCUCUGGUCCAACGACUUUGACGGUCGGUCGUCCCCACCGUCAGGAUCGUCUUCGGCCACGACACCAAAAGCAGCCCGCGCUACUUUGUUCUCCGACACUGACUGGCAGAGCAUUUCACAAUCGCCUGUCUUCAUGUCUGGCUGCCUCUCCGCCAGUGGUCUCGACUUAGAUUCUCUCGAUGACUUCAAGCCCGAGCUACUCUCGACAUUGACGCUAUUCCCUUCUUCAUCUCAAGCGUCGUCCUCUUCCUCUACUGUCCCCGUUGCUAAUGUUGCUUCGUCGACAUCGUCCUCAUCUUCAUCUUCAUCAACUUCUUGCCCAGUAUCGUCGGCCUGGCACGCAGAAGAAGCUCGCAAAGGUGUGAAGAGCUCCCAAGGCAAUCGCAAGCAACAGAUGAACUCUCUCAGCCUUAACUUCGAAAGAACAGAUGUUGCCUGCGGCGAAAUCGGAGUCAGCCUGGCUGCCAUCUCACCAUAUGGUGCCAGUCAUUUCCAUUCGAUGGCUCCUUCGUCUCCGCUGAGGUCCCCCUCUCGCGUCAUGGGGAGGCUACCUCUACAUCUCCCACGCCCACAGCUGGCUGUCAUUUCGACACCUUAUGAUCAUCUUCCCGAGCAUCUUCGUCGACACGGUCUGCACCAGGAGGCAGCUGAUUUUGCCAAAGCAAGUGGCAUAACCCCCGAGUACGCAAUACACGCCUGGGUUCAGGUCAUAGAUGGCGGAAGAGAGGCACUUUUGGAGGAGACAAAGACCCUUUUGAAUCGGCACGAGGGAACGACAAAGCAGCAGAUGGCCAGAUCCAGGGCGGAGGGCGAUGCAGGCUUGCGAACGUCACUUCCCAUGAUGAUCCGCAUUCCUACCCACGAAACAGACUCUCGCAAAUGGGGAAUCGAGUCGACGCAUAUACUGGCUGUAUGCAGGAACGAUGGCCAGCAGACUUCGAAUUCUGAGUCUGGCGUCCUAAUUCCCUGCCAUGCCCUUGUGUAUGUUCUGCAAUGCGCCUCGCUCCCGGCUUUCCCGGCAUCCGUACGAGAUGAUGCUGCGCCACUAGGGUCGCCAUUGGGUCAGGGCCGUCUGCUCCCUGUGGUGCCGUUGCGAGCACCAGAACCGCAGCAUUUCGUCCUCACCCACCGGUUCCUCUACCUCUGCGAUGAGGAUAAGUUUCUCUGCGAUCUUUUGCCCAUGAAGCACAUCGCUCGCAGUUGGGACCGCGUUCGUCAAGAGGCAUUCCAGCAACCCCUACCCCCAUCACCACCACCUCUUCCCUCUGCUUCUCCAGGCUCCUUUCCCUUGUCCUCGACGCAGGAAGCACAGCGCUCAAAAACUUUGCUACUCGACAGCGAGGAACAGAACGCUCCCCUGGCCACCGUCGACGCACUUUCUUCUUUGCCCAUCUGCAAGCUCCUCGACUAUUGCAACAUUGUCCACGCUGCCUGGGCCAAUGGCGUGGCUAUCGGCCUUCUCGACACACGCUAUUGGGCCACGCUGGACCGAGCUUGGGGCUUUCUCGUGGCUGCGCUCAGCUUGCGGCAAGCAAAGGAAAACGACGCCAAGGUCAAGACGGCUGCCAAACAAAAGGGAAAGGAAAAGGGUUGA